GUAAUGAAAUGACUUGCUGAUUACACAAUGACAUCGUAGACAUUCGAAAAAUAUUCUCAAUUCGCUACCAGUCGUGAUAUAUUAUGAUAACUCAUAACUAAUAUUAUAACAUGGAUAAACGUUACAAAACGUAAACGGAGAUGUUAACGUGUCGGAAGAAAAUUUCUUGGAUAAUACUGACUACUUUGGGUUUAAACAUAUUCAUUAAAGGAAGUCACUUUGUAUGGAAAAAAAUAUUAGCACCUAAUCUAGGCUUAGCUAUAGAUUUGACAAAACAAGGAAGAUGGGGAGUAAUUACAGGUGCAACCGAUGGUAUUGGUAAAGCGUUCGCAAUGGCUCUUGCUAGCAAAGGUCUCGAUAUUGUUUUAAUAUCAAGAUCACUGAUAAAACUGAAGUGUGUUGAAACCGAGAUAAAAGAGAGAUAUGGAGUUAAAACUCGUAUCGUUGUGGCUGAUUUAACCGAAGGUCAAGAGGUUUACUCAAAGAUUGCUAAGGCUACGGAAGAACUUGAAGUUGGUAUUUUGAUUAACAAUGCUGGGAUGAAUUCCGAUUAUCCGGAAUUAUUCGUCAAAAUGUCAGAAGAAAUAUUAAAUAAGAUAUUACAAUUAAACGUGGUUAGUCUUACCAUUAUCACUGGAAUAAUUUUACCAGAUAUGAUAAAACGACGAAAGGGUGUAAUAAUCAAUAUAAGUUCCAUAGCGGGUAUGAAUUUGGUAUGUCCAUAUUUAACAACCUAUGCAGCUACUAAAGCUUACAUCAUCAAGUUCACUAGUAAUUUAGCUGCAGAAGUAGCUCAGAGUGGUAUUACCGUACAAUGUAUUGCUCCUGGACCUGUUGCCACUAAGAUGAUCAAAAUCAAAAAAUCAACGUGGAUGAUACCAACUGCUGAUAAAUUUGUCGAAGCUACUUUAAAAACUGUAGGAAUCGAAAUUUUAACAACCGGAUAUUUACCGCACUAUUUAUUAUACAAAUUUAUUGAAACGUUGACAUGGAUAUAUAAAAAGGGUAUAAUCAGAUUAAUAACCAAAAUAUUUCUCAAACAUAAGAAACGUUUUCUUCGGAAAAUGAUAAAGGAGCAAGAGCAAACGAAAGAUAUGAAAUAAAAGGAAAAUAAGUUCCUAUGACAACGACAAUGUUUCUAUGUGAAUCAAGAAUAAAUAUAUAUUUACAAAAUUCAAAAUUAAUUAAUUGAUGUAAUCUUAAUAAAUAAUUAAUUAAUUAUGUGUUUUCCUUUUUCGGAUAAGCUUGUUUUCGAAUAAAGAACCAUUUGAAUCUUUGUCAAGACUAUAUUGUCGGCGAUUAACAUUUGAAACGUUUAGGCAAAACUUUUUAGAUUCGAUGUUAUUGAUCGGAUAACGUUUUUGAAACAGAUCAAUUGGCCACUCGAUCUUACAUCCUCGUUACUUACGAAUGCGCCAAAUAAAUUAAAUAGGAUAAGCGUUAGUCUUUAGUUAUCUAUUGUUUAGAAUGCAACAAAUGUAGUUGAAAGCUUCUAAAGUUGGCGUUCACAGUAAGUUUGUAUCACUUUUCGACGAAAUAAAGCGGUUGAUCCAAACGAUCAAAUCAGUCGAGCUUAACGUUGGACUGAUGGGUGGUCACAUGACUUUCUAUGUUGUUGAUCCAAGAUAACCAUCCAUCUUUGGAAUGUGUGAUCAUUAAUCACAGAUGUUUUAAGCUUCCUGAAGUUAUCCAGAAA